AUGGAGCCCGAAAUCCUGGAUCACCACCAUGCCGACCAAGGAGGAGCAUUGCGCAUGGUUAAAGAUCUAGCUUCUGGUGCUGCUGGUGGAAUUGCACAGGUACUCCUUGGUCAACCAUUCGAUAUCGUCAAGGUGCGACUCCAGACCACCACACAAUACUCGAGCGCUUUCGAUUGCGCCUCGCAGAUCCUGAAGAAGGAGGGCCCCUUCGCUUUCUACAAGGGAACAUUGACCCCUCUGAUUGGAAUCGGUGCCUGCGUCAGUGUUCAAUUCGGAGCCUUCCACGAAGCUCGGAGGCGGUUAGAGGACCUGAACAAGAAGAAAUAUGCCGACAGCACACUCGGAUACGGUCAGUACUAUCUAGCGGGUGGUUUCGCGGGUAUCACCAACUCCGUCCUCUCCGGGCCCAUCGAGCACGUCCGUAUCCGCCUGCAAACCCAGCCGCACGGCGCCGGCCGACUAUACAGCGGACCCAUCGACUGCAUCCGCAAACUCACAUCCCAAGGUGGCUUCGCUAAGGGUCUCUACCGCGGCCAGGCCGUCACAUACCUGAGAGAAAUCCAAGCCUACGGCAUGUGGUUCCUGACCUUCGAGCUCCUGAUGAACCAGGAUGCGAGGCGCAACAACAUUAAGCGUGACGAGAUCUCUAGUCUCAAAGUCGCUACAUACGGUGGUCUAGCGGGUGAAGCCCUUUGGCUAUCCAGCUACCCGUUCGACGUAGUGAAGAGCAAGAUGCAGUGCGAUGGGUUUGGAGCCCAGCAGCAGUUUUCCAGCAUGAGAGACUGCUUUAAGAAGACAUAUGCGAUUGAAGGAGCUAUGGGAUUCUGGAAGGGCAUUGGGCCGACUCUACUCAGAGCCAUGCCUGUUUCUGCGGGAACAUUCGCUGUUGUUGAACUUACCAUGAGAGCUCUGGGUUAG